AUGCUAUCUAUUACCGAACUAUUGGUUCCCGCACCCUCCAUCACGCUAUCGUACUCUGUACCACCAACUCGGCCCUGCCUUUCAUUCAGGUCAUCGGAAUCCUCUUAUUGCAUGGACACUUCGCACAAGGCCCCGACUUUGCCAGUUCUAUCUUUGAAUCACCUGAGCUCGGAACUUCUGGCUCUUGUGUUCGAACAGCUUCGUGAGAUAGACUCACCGACGCUCAGGUCUGUGCGUCUAGUCUCUAAGAGGUUCGAUGCCAUAGCUACACCGAUCGCCUACCGAUUCCUGACCUUGAACGAAUCUCUCGUCGCACCAGAUGCUGAACAACGCUAUCCUAACGUCUCUCGGCACAUCUCACAUCUCACAAAUCAUGUCACAAUACGAAGCAACUUGGACCCCACAAGAAUCACUGGAAUAUUAUCUUGCAUCAAGCGAUUAAAGUCGGUUCGAUGGCAAUACAUAGAUGGCGACAUUCCUGCAGAGGGUCUGUGGUCACCCUCGGAGCUCCGUCGCCUGCAUAAUUGCAACUCAAAUAGCACCCGACUGUACAUCGAGGACCUCCCCCUGCGACGAGACUACAAUGGCAAUCCACUGGAAACUUUUACGAGAUCGAUUCCUUCGGAGCUGUUGGCGUCAUUGAAACUCGCCAAUCCGAUGCCGGUGCUGUCAACGAGGCUCAGCUCGUUAAAGCAGCUUUUGGUCCAAUCUCGACAGCUAAAAGCACUACGCUAUGAAGAUCGAGGGCAAGGCACGUGCUUCAAGUUCUCUCCUGGAGAACGAAUGCCACCCAUCGUCGACUUGAUGCUACGGUCAUACGACUGGAGCCACACAGCUGAGGAUGUCCAGAAACAUUGGGAUUUCUCCAAGAUACAGUCGCUCGAGUUGAUUUCUGUGCCCAUCUUCAACUUCCUUCGCUCAGUGCCUUUCCGAGACUUCUCGGCGUUGCAUACACUCCAUGUGGAAGACUACAGUGCCCAUCUGUCUGAUAAGAGAGAAGAUGCCACCAUUGGGUUGAACUUGUUGGUGAAAGAUCAUAUCGAGGCACUCGAGAUCCUGAACAUGACUUGCCAUAUCCGAUUGCUCCAGCUUGAAUCUAUUGCAGCACAUCAAAGGUCGCUACAGGUGCUACGGCUGAGGGACCACGUUGGGUUCUCAGAAGAUGACCAGAAAUGCCCAACCCUGGCACCUGUUGACUUGGCUCAACUGGGUCAACAGCUAAAGUGUGUUCACACUCUUGAACUUGACCUAGACACCAGACUAUGCGAUCCUACUACCUUUCUCAGGGCAAUAUGUGUCUUCCCAGCUGUGCAUACGCUGACCUUACACGUCCAAACAAUAAUCCACCCUCUAGAAGAGGUGUCUCCAGGAGUCGACCGUGAUCGAGAGGCUGCGAUGCAAACCUUCAAACUACUUGUGCAGGAGAAGGAGAGACUCGGCUCGCAUACGCCUUGGAAACAUAUCGUACUCAAUGUCGGAGGUUGGAAGCGAGUCAUGGUGCGGCGAUUGGGUGAUGUAUGGCGAAGACGGAACGAGAUGGGCAUUUACGCUGAAAGAUGCUUUGUCUAUGAACGCGAUGCCCGCGACGGAAAUGUCGCAGUGCGCGAAGAGGUCUGUGUUGAGAACACAAGCCGUGGAGGAAGCCCAAGCCCUUGA